UCUCCUGGCACCCUGUAUUCAUGGCCUUGGCGUUCUGCCUCUGCAUGGCUGAGGCCAUCCUACUGUUCUCGCCUGAACACUCCCCGUUCUUCUUCUGCUCCCGAAAGGCUCGGAUCUGGCUCCACUGGGCAGGCCAGACCUUAGCCAUCCUCUGUGCAGCCCUGGGCCUAGGCUUCAUCAUCUCCAGCAGGACUCGCAGUGAGCUGCCCCACCUGGCGUCCUGGCACAGCUGGGUAGGGGCCCUGACGCUGCUGGCCACUGGCGGCCAGGCACUGUGUGGACUCUGCCUCCUCUGUCCCCGGGCAACCAGGGUCUCGAGGGUGGCUCGCCUCAAGCUCUACCAUCUGACAUGUGGACUGGUGGUCUACCUGAUGGCUACAGUAACGGUGCUCCUGGGCAUGUACUCUGUGUGGUUCCAGGCCCAGAUCAAAGGUGCAGCCUGGUACUUGUGCCUGGCACUGCCCCUCUAUCCAGCCCUGGUUAUCAUGCACCAGAUCUCCAGCUCCUACUUGCCAAAGAAGAAAAUGGAGAUGUGAGUUCCUCUGAGCUCUGAAUCUAGGCGGGACACUUGUCUUGGACUCCAGUGCUUCCUUUGGUGACCUACAAGGGACCCACUUCAGAAGUGGUCAGGCUUUUGCACUUCUUGGCUGGGCCAGGAGCUGCAGAAGCCUAGGUUGCUACUGUUGCCGGAUAACUCAGUGGGCCCCAGCAGGAAACAUACUGGCGUGAGUGGAAGGUGAUGGAGAGCUUGAUCUUGAAGCCUUCUCUCCGGAUGGGAGAGAGAGUGCUGGGUGCUGGUGGUGGUCACAGUGGUGGUGGUCAUUGCUUAAUCCUGUGCCUGAUGAAGAGUUGGGUUUCUGGAAGUUAUGAAUGGCAGCGUGGAUAUCUGGGCCACAUUUGAGAAAGCAGUGUGAGGUAGUGGAGCGAGCUGGUGGGUCUUGUUUAUGGGGUAUCGUCCUCUUAGUCUCUACCGUGUGACCUUAGGUAAGUUUCAUGUCUCAAGGCCUCAGUCUCCUGAUCAGUGAAAUGUUUCUAAACAGUCUGCAGGUUC